AUGAACCAGUUCUCAAAAUUGAGACAAAACGAAUCUUCUCGCGAGGAUUUGUCCGACUCCAGAGAAGCCAUUGGAACCGAAAAAGAUCCAAUCGUGAUCGAGGAUUCGGUAGAGAAGCCAAGGGAUUACUCCCAUGUUGUUUUCAAGAAGGGAUCCUUCGGAGGAUCUCAAGCUAGUGUGGAGACAACGCCACCUGCUUCUUCACAACCGAUUGUAGCGCCUGUCCGAACUCUAUUCGAAGCUCCACAACAACCAGUUCGACGUAGAAUGCUCUCCGGAGGACGAACGGCGGCAGAUCCCGAAAUCUACGAGAAGGAGGCAAAAGCAAAAGCACUUCGAAGAAGAGAUGAUGCCGCAAGGAAGGUUACUUCCAAUGUUUCGGAAGGAUGUGAAAGAGGAGAAAAGGAAGAAGAAGAGAAAAAUGAAGUGGAAACUGAAAAGGAGGAAGAUGUAGAAGAGAAAGAAGAAGAAAAAGAAGAAGAUGCACAAAAGAAAAUGGAAGCUGAAAGUAUGGAAAAGAAGAAGAAGGAGAAAAAUAAGAACGAAAGAAUGAGAGUCAAGUUGGCAACAAGUCGGAUUAACCAGGAAACUGACGAAUUUCAGUUGGAGUGUGCAGAGAAACGACAUCUACUAGCCACUAUAAAGGAGGAUGAGUUCAUCAAGGAUAGUCAGGAGGAAAAAGACAUGGAGGAACAGAUUCGGAAGAUAAAGAAGCAAACCCAAAAAAGACGUCUCAACCAGGAAUUAAAAAAGAAGGAAGAUGCGAAAAAAGAUGAGAAGGAGUAUGAGACGAUUAGAAAGCUGAAAGAGGAAGCCAUCAAAAUGGAGAAGAAGACUGCCCGACUUCAAUUGGAGUCUGCCAGACUGGUGCUUGAGAAGGCCGAGAAGGAAAAAAAGGAGAUGGAAAAGAGUCUGAAGAAAAGACGUGACGAUAUGGAAGAAGAUAGUGAGGAUGGAGGACAACCUGGCCUUUCAAAUAGGUUGACUAGACAACCGUCUGGAAGAGCCUUGGCACCAGGGAGAUGCUCGUCGAUCUCCAGAAAUGUCAAGAAAGAGCUGGAAGAAGAAAAAGUGGAGAAGAAGAAUUUGAAAAGGAGACUCCAGGUGGAGGAUGUUGAAGAUCUGGACGAAGAUCAACCCGGUUCAUCCAGCCAGGAGGUCACGAGAUCGCCAAAAAGUCCGGCUACUCCAAACAAGAAACCUUCUUCUCCGCGAAAGAAGUCAUUGAAGAAGGCCAAAAAGUGGAAAACUGACGACGUGUACAAGAAAGUCUACCCAAACAAGGCAACGCGCUACAAUAACUGA